GGAUGUCUGUUGGAUAGUCUGUAUAUCUGUAUGGAAGGGGGUUAAAUAUAGAUCUCCCUAAACACCUUAGAUCCACCCACUGGCUUCUGAUGAGAGCGCUGAAUUUAGCUCAAUGCGGCCAGUUUUCACUUCCAGUUAACGCCGCAGUUUCUCCUCCGAGUUCCGAGUCCUGCGCAUCGUGAGCGCGCGUCCGCGUUCCCGCGCUCAAGAUGGCGAUCGCGAGCAGGACGGUUCGGUACGCGGCCAUGCGCUCCGUGGCGUCGAUUCUCAUUUUGCUGUACGCAUCUCACCUGAUUUCGGCGUUAGGUACGCAGAAAGCUGACGAAAAAGCUUCCGUCUUAUCACCAAAUUCUGUGAACCGUUCAUCGGAACAAAAAUCCGGUGUCCCAGUGUCACCUGACAUCCACCUGUCACCCUCUGCAGCCCCAACCAUGGGCAGCCCACUUUCCACAGAUGAGCCUUUGAGCACCUCCCCCACUCAGGGUGACAUGGGGGGGGGUGAAGAGGUGGAUGCGACUGACAAUGGGGACACGGCCGACGUCGAUGACAAGACUGACAAUGGGGACCCGACUGACGUCGAUGACACGACCGACAAUGGGGACCCGACUGACGUCGAUGACACGACCGACAAUGGGGACACGGCCGACGUCGAUGACAAGACUGACAAUGGGGACCCGACUGACGUCGAUGACACGACCGACAAUGGGGACCCGACUGACGUCGAUGACACGACCGACAAUGGGGACCCGACUGACGUCGAUGACACGACCGACAAUGGGGACACGGCCGACGUCGAUGACAAGACCGACAAUGGGGACCCGACUGACGUCGAUGACACGACCGACAAUGGGGACCCGACUGACGUCGAUGACACGACCGACAAUGGGGACCCGACUGACGUCGAUGACACGACUGACUUCGUGGACAUGGAUGAUAAGAGAGAAGAUGAGGAUGAGAUUUACAGUGAAGUGGGGAAUGAGGCCUCAACAACCAUCCUGGACGGCAAAGACCUCAACACCAUUUAUGAGGAUGCAGACUCCCACUUUUUCCUUCACCUGGUCAUCUUUGCGUUCCUUGUGGCUAUUGUGUACAUUACCUACCACAACAAGAGAAAGAUCCUCCUCCUGGUCCAGGGUCGACGAUGGAGAGAUGGCUUCUGCUCCAAGGGUGUGGAGUAUCGGCGACUAGACCAGAACGUCAGCGAUGCCAUGCCCUCCCUUAGGGCAACCAAGGACUACGUCUUCUGAUUGGUGCCAGGGUGCUUAUAAAUUAAAUUUUUAAAAAUACGAUACCAUUACUGUUUAUGGGGGGGGGGGGUGUGGACCCCCACUGGUGGCUUUAUAUUUUGUAGCUCGUCAGGUGUGGUGAUAGUUUGGCUCUAUUGUCUUUCUUUAUCUUAAAGGUCGUCAGGGUUAUAUAUUCAGUAUAUAUUCAGUAUAUUGACACUGAAGUGGGUUUGAGAAGUAUUCGAAUAUACAAUUAAGUGACCUAAUUUUUUUCCAGCCUUGUAAUUCUGUUUAAUUCAGGAUUAUUUCAGAAGGUAAAAAUACCUGCCUUGAUUACUCUAGAUUGUAAUUUCUAAUAAAUGAAGUGCAUUUAUAUUUUCAAUCAAAUACAGGUUUUGCACGUUUGUAUACAUAUCAGCAAUAAUAUAUGUUGAAAUGUUUGCCUCUUGGUCGGAGUUAGUUUGUGUUUUUUUUCCCCCUUUUCCCGCAGCAGUUAGGAGAUUAAUAUUUAAAAGGCCCAUAUAAGUUAUGAAAAAUGCGCUUGUCAGGUUGAACUGUUAACUUGCCAGUUAAACGAUGCAGAUGUCAGUGGAUUUAAAUGGCAUAAUAUUUUUUUUCUCCCAUAUUCUAGGCGCGGGUGGCCUGUAUAUGUAAUCUAUUUAAAUGACUAUGGCUUCAGUGAAGUCAUCUCUUCCGAUGUCAUUGUAGCCGACUCCUGAAGCAUUGGAUACCUAAAAUAUCCACUUUUUUUUUUUCCUGUAACCAUUAUGUGUAUCUUGGUGAAAAAAGUGUGCUUAUCGUGGCAAAGGCCUAAUUAAGCGAAUCCAUUGUGAAAAUAGAGAAACAAAUACAUCAAUAUCAGACCUAAUGGCUGGUCGUUAAGCGUGACAUUGAAUGUUGACUUUUUUCGCUCCUCACUCUCCUAUUGAAGCAUCACUAUGUCUGUUUUCUCUGUUUUAUGGUGGAUUAUAAUUGUAUUUGUAGAUUAUUUUUUUUUUUUUUACCCCCAAACUGAACACUUCCUGAUGUUCUGUAUAUCGAAAAGAUCAUAUAGACUUCAUGGUUUAGAGAAGUCUUCAUAAACCAUGUUUUUUUUUUUUUUUUUUGUAUUAAUCUGGAUACAGCUUUAAGACGGCUCCUGUAGAGACUGCAGCCUCUUUGCAAUAAAUGCACUGGUGUACACUGUUGUAAGGAGAUUCCUGGUGUCUUAGAUGCAAACAUUUCUGAAUGUUUUGUGUUGUUACCAGCUGAAAAACCUUUUUUUUCAGUAUGUGCUUUAUAAGUGAGCAGGAAUUUUAUUAUCAUGUAAUUAUUACAAAGAUGUGUAAUUGCAUUUUUUUUAAAAAGAUUAAAAGGAAUCUGGUAUAAA